AUGCAUUCUAAAGUUUGUCCAUUAUGCAAUACAAAAUUUUACAGUGCAAAAAAAGGAAAUACAUUUUUACGAUUGGCUACCGGAUACAACAGCAAUAAUUAUUAUUCUAGUGAAGAAAUGUCAUUUAGAACGUCAACUCCAAUAGCUGAAAUCGAAGACACAGUUUUAAACAAUUCGGAUUCGGUAAAUGAUUUUUUUUAUAAAAUAUGGAAAAACGGUUUACGUUCGGAUAGCAGAUUACGUUUAAAAUCAUCCAUGGAUAAGGAAAAGAACGAACAAAAAAUUUUCCUACAACAACAACCGACAACUCAGGUAAUUUAUUUUAAUACCAUCAUGUGCCAACAAAUUUUGCCAAUGCCAUGCGGAUAUUCACAACCCGUGGGAUAUAGAGAAGAUGGUACUUUUGGAGUUUUGCCAUUUUAUUGGCCUUAUUAUGUGGAAUAA